GUACAACUCCAGUGUAAGGACGGUGUUCUCUCUCCCAGCAGCGCUGCCCCCAUGAGUCCACUCUAUACCUCUCCCGGUGUCUAGGAGCCUGGGCUUCAGGUGGUGGGCUGGAGGACCCUGCAGGGCUGAGUGACCAGGGUCACCCAGAGGGCGGGGCGCAGCCCUCCCCACCUUGCCACACUAGCUGCUGCUCCUGCCAAACAGGUCCUAGGGCUGCGACGUCACGUGUCCAGCUGGUGCUGACUUGGGCUCUGGCGGAUUAAGCAGGGGCUCAGGGUUUAUGACCGGCACUGGCCCCUGCCCAGGCCAGGGCAGGGUAAAGAAGCUCUCCUACCGGGCAGUGGAGGCGACUCAGAGGCCGGGUGAGCUGCGACCAUCUGUGGCAGGAGGCCCCACCUGAGCACUGGAACAAGCGUGGAGGGCGAGGCCCCCAGCAGCGAGACUGGCACAUCCCUGGACAGCCCCUCAUCCUACCACCAGGGUCCCCUAGUGCCUGGUUCCAGCCUGAGCCCGGACCACUACGAGCACACGUCGGUGGGCGCCUACGGGCUGUACUCAGGGCAGCAGCAGCAGCGCACACGGAGGCCCAGGCUGCAGCAUUCGACCUCCAUCCUGCGCAAGCAGGCGGAGGAGGAAGCCAUCAAGCGCUCGCGGUCUCUCUCUGAGAGCUAUGAGCUCUCCUCGGACCUGCAGGACAAGCAGGUGGAAAUGCUAGAACGCAAGUAUGGGGGGCGCCUCGUGACCCGCCAUGCAGCCCGCACCAUCCAGACAGCGUUCCGCCAGUACCAGAUGAACAAGAACUUUGAGCGUCUGCGCAGCUCCAUGUCGGAGAACCGCAUGUCACGCCGGAUCGUGCUGUCCAACAUGAGGAUGCAGUUCUCCUUCGAGGGGCCCGAGAAGGUGCACAGCUCCUACUUCGAGGGCAAGCAGGUCUCAGUGACCAACGAUGGCGCCCAGCUGGGGACCCUGGUGCCCUCCGAGUGUGACAACCUUGGGGAGCCAGCCCUUAAAUCUCCAGCCCCCUCCAGCGACUUCGCAGAUGCUAUCACAGAGCUGGAGGACGCCUUCUCCCGGCAAGUGAAGUCACUUGCAGAGUCCAUUGAUGACGCCCUCAACUGCCGUAGCCUACAUGCCGAGGAGGUGCCAGCCUCAGACACAGCACGGGCCCGGGACACCGAGCCCAAGCCACCCCUGCACAGCGUGGACCACCACAAGCUGGACGAGAUGACAGCCUCGUACAGCGAUGUUACCCUGUACAUCGAUGAGGAAGAGCUGUCGCCACCUCUGCCCCUCUCACAGGCCGGGGACCGGCCUUCUAGCACUGAGUCGGACCUGCGACUGCGAGCAGGGGCCACAGCCCAGGACUACUGGGCUCUGGCCCACAAGGAUGACAAGGCUGACACGGACACAAGUUGCCGAAGCACACCGUCGCUGGAGCGGCAGGAGCCUCGGCUACGGGUGGAGCACCUGCCCCUGCUCACCAUUGAGCCACCUAGUGACAGCUCCGUGGACCUCAGUGACCGCUCUGACCGCGGCUCACUCAAAAGGCAGAGCGCCUAUGAGCGAGGCCUCGGCGGGCAGCAGGGCAGCCCCAAGCACGGCACCCACAGCGGCCCCCCUAAGGGCCUGCCCAGGGAGGAGCCUGAGUUGCGGCCCCGGCCCCCCAGACCCCUUGAGAGCCACCUGGCCAUCAAUGGCUCUGCCAAUCGGCAGAGCAAGUCUGAGUCGGACUACUCAGAUGGGGACAACGACAGCAUCAACAGCACAUCCAACUCCAAUGACACCAUCAACUGCAGCUCCGAGUCCUCGUCCCGGGACAGCCUGCGUGAGCAGACGCUCAGCAAACAGACGUACCACAAGGAGACCCGCAACAGCUGGGACUCACCCGCCUUCAGCAAUGACGUUAUCCGCAAGAGGCAUUACCGCAUUGGCCUGAACCUCUUCAACAAAAAGCCUGAGAAAGGCGUCCAGUACCUCAUCGAGCGUGGCUUUGUGCCUGACACGCCAGUGGGGGUGGCCCACUUCCUGCUGCAGCGCAAGGGCCUCAGCCGCCAGAUGAUCGGCGAGUUCCUGGGCAACCGGCAGAAGCAGUUCAACCGUGAUGUGCUCGACUGUGUGGUGGACGAGAUGGACUUUUCUGCCAUGGAGCUGGACGAGGCCCUCAGGAAAUUUCAGGCACACAUCCGAGUCCAGGGGGAAGCCCAGAAGGUGGAGCGGCUCAUCGAGGCUUUCAGCCAGCGGUACUGCAUCUGCAACCCUGGGGUGGUGCGGCAGUUCAGAAACCCAGACACCAUCUUCAUCCUCGCCUUUGCUAUCAUCCUGCUCAAUACGGACAUGUACAGCCCCAACGUCAAGCCUGAGCGCAAGAUGAAGCUGGAGGACUUUGUCAAAAACCUCCGGGGUGUGGACGAUGGCGAGGACAUUCCCCGUGAGAUGCUGAUUGGGAUCUACGAGCGGAUCCGCAAGCGGGAGCUGAAGACCAAUGAGGACCACGUGUCCCAGGUGCAGAAGGUGGAGAAGCUCAUUGUGGGGAAGAAGCCGAUUGGAUCCCUGCAUCACGGGCUUGGCUGUGUGCUGUCUCUACCCCAUCGGAGGCUGGUCUGCUACUGCCGGCUCUUUGAGGUUCCAGACCCCAAUAAGCCCCAGAAACUCGGGCUUCACCAGCGAGAAAUCUUCCUGUUUAACGACCUCCUAGUGGUCACCAAGAUCUUCCAGAAGAAGAAGAAUUCAGUGACAUACAGCUUCCGGCAGUCCUUCUCCCUGUGUGGCUUGCAGGUCCUGCUCUUUGAGAACCAGUACUACCCCAAUGGCAUCCGCCUCACCUCCGCUGUCCCAGGAGCAGACAUCAAAGUGUUAAUAAAUUUCAAUGCCCCCAAUCCUCAAGACCGGAAGAAGUUCACCGAUGACCUGCGGGAGUCUGUGGCAGAAGUGCAGGAGAUGGAGAAGCACCGGAUAGAAUCGGAGCUUGAAAAGCAGAAGGGUGUUGUGCGGCCCAGCAUGUCCCAGUGCUCCAGCCUGAAGAAGGAGCCCGGCACCGGAACGCUGAGCCGGGCCUGUCUGGACGACAGCUAUGCCAGCGGCGAGGGCCUCAAGCGCAGUGCCCUCAGCAGCUCCCUGCGUGAUCUCUCAGAUGCAGGGAAGCGAGGGCGUCGCAGCAGUGCGGGAUCGCUAGAGAGCAAUGUGGAAGGCUCCAUCAUUAGCAGUCCUCACAUGCGCCGGAGAGCGACAUCAACACGACAGUGUCCAUCUCGCCCCCCCCAGGCCAUGCCUAACUCAUCCUCCCUCCUGGGCUCCUUGUUUGGGAGUAGACGAGGGAAGCCCCCUCCCCAGGCCCACCCGCCCUCAGCCCCUCCCCCACCCGCCCCUCAUCCACCACACUCCUCCGGUCACCUCGCAGGGCCUGCAGAGGGCCCGUCCCAGGUGCAUGGGCACCAUGCCCAGUGCUGCCAUGUGCAAAACCCACCCCCCUACCACCACCACCACCACUACCACCCCCCCCCGCAUCUGCCGCACGCCCACCAAUACCACCACGGCCCUCAUGGCGGGCACCCCCCGUACGGGGCCCACGGCCACCCACCACUGCCCUCAGCCCACACCAGUCACGCUGGCCACACGGGGCACACUGCACACCAUCACGGGCAGCCGCCUGCCCCACCGCCACCCCCCACCAGCAGCAAGGCCAAACCCAGCGGCAUCAGCACCAUCGUGUAGAUAGUUCGGGUGCUGCCUCCCCAGCCGUGUGCACACAGGGCCGUCACCCUCAGACCCGCCCGGGUACCGCUCUUGCCGUCGCCCCCACCCACACCUGGAAGGAUCAGGGGCCUAUGGCCCACCUUCCAAGGAGCAGACCACCCGGGGCUCGUCUCCCCAUGGGCCAAGUAGACUCGGAACUGCCUCCACCACCCACCCCCACUUCACAUGCAUCUGCAAACCCAGCCUAGAAAAAGAAGAAACGAAACACAAAAAAGCAGACAGAACAGACCCCCAAACCUGCUGCAUUAUUGCUCUGUUAUUGACAAUGGGCAAAAAAAUUAAGUAGACCUGAUAUGGUUGAUGAAAAUACUUUCAGCCUUUGGAGCCACUGCAGCCGCCCGUGCCGUGCUCCUAAGCGUGGGACUGGAGGACUGUCCGUGGCCCUGCCUGGGCCGAGGCCCCUUCAGAAAGGGUGAAGCUGCCACCUGACUCUGCGGGCCACAGGGUUCCACAGCCAGGGAUCAUGCGAGCCAGGGCUGCACGGCAGCAAGAGACGGGAGCCUGCCCACACUGCGUCCCCCUGGCUGGCCGGCCGGGGUCGCCCAUUUUCCUCCUCAUUCCCCGUCAUGUCACCAAGGUUAUGUACCAGCAGAUCUGCAAACUGAGCACUUUGUUGUCCCUGCAGAGAGCAAAUUCAGCCAGCUGGAGGGUAGCCUUGUGUCACGUUAGUGACUGGCCUGCCACCCGCCCUCAUCGGUGUAGCACUUCUCUCUCUGCCUUCUGUCCAGAAAGAGAAGCGACAAGAGGAGUGGUGUGUCCAACUCAGUCUGGGCUGGGCUGGUGGGAAGCCACUGGCUCACUGUCUCCAGAGUUUCUUGUUUCCUCUCAAGUCUGGCUCCCUCAGGCUGCCUGACGAGGAAGGUGGAGCGUGGCACCAGCGCCAGUGCUGAGGCUCUGCUCUCCGUACUGUACACUUGCAAAACAUACCAGUGUUACUGUUGACAAAUAGUUGAAGUAAAGUGAUAACAUAUUAAGUAUGUCGGCUUUUCUUCACUGUGUACAAGGGCCAAGUCACUGUGAACUUGAGGUUGUUCCAGAAGAGGCACUGGGUGUCCCUCCCUGUGCGAGGGCAUCGCUCACCAGCAAGACCAGAAGAAAGGCCAGGGCAUCCCAGGCAGGGCUUCGCUCUCCGCUGCCUCCUGCCAGCUCUCGGCCUCCAGCACUGGCUUCCGUGUGUCCCGGUGCACAGGGGCAGUGGGAAGCAUCUAGGAACAGGGCUUCGAAGCAACCCCACACGGUGCUGGGUUCUCGUCAUAAACAGGGAAGCUCUGCCGGGCUGGGGAUUGAAGUCAUGCCACCAGGGUCUGGCUGGAGAAGCAGAGUUGCCAGCGUACUGCUGUCCCCCGCUGUCAAAUUCACAGGGCUGUGAUCUGUGGGACCCCACCUAUUACACAGCCAUGAUUUCCAGACAAGAAGAGGCAGAGUUGCCCCAAGUGUCCACCUGUUCUCUCUUGCUGUUUGUUAGGUCACCAGUGGGACUGCCUUCUCUAGUGCACAAGGUACUUCAGUCACCUGGGGAUUAGUGACAGGGGCAGGGCACCCUUUAGGAGGUGGCUGGUAACAUCACAAAGUGUCUUUUCUGGGACAACAGUGAAAUCACUGAUUUGUAUUUUUUAAGCUUCCAAACAAACAGGCUGUACAGUAAUGUGAGAGCUGACCCUGGUGGGAAGCGCGCGUCCUGCCUGAAGAAAAAGCCAUGCUGUGUUGUCGGUAGAGGCGACCUGGCAAAAUGCAGCCAAGAGCAGGGAGGCAGGGCU